AUGCAGCAAUAUACCUUUACUCCUCCGACUGGUCCCCCGCGGGAGGGACAGAAAAAUUAUGUCUUUGUUGACGAGCACAACAGGCACAAGAGACUCAAAGUAAUGCGCGCUUGUAAUGGUUGUCGAAAGAGAAAGAUCAAAUGCGACGCUGCCACAACAAACACAUGGCCCUGCACAGCAUGCCUUAGACUGAAACUAGUCUGCGUGCCUCCAACAAUAGGCCAGGAUGGCGAGCAAAUUGGUCCCGCGCAAGGCGGCGAGGCAGAGCCAGCUGGGUUUCAAGACCAUGCGAAUCAACAGCAAAGUAUCCCGCAGCACGAAUUGAUGCAGAACAAUUACGUUUCCGACGACCCUUCGCUCGCAAGCAAUAUACCAACAUAUGGAAUGUAUUCGUCUUAUAUUCCACAAAAUCAUGGCAUGUAUGCACCGGCUCAGGCGCCUGAAAUCGCUGUCACUCAACAUCCUUACUCAAACCAAUAUUAUCAAAUGGCUGCGUCUCAGCCGCUGCCGAGUGCAGAUAGUGGUGUAUUUGUCGAGCCAGAACAGUCUACUGCUGAAAACCUUAGUGAAGCACUUGGUGAGCUUAGAAUUGAGGUCUCGGGAAUUGCGCCUUAUAUUCGACAACAACGAAAAGGAUUUACAGAGCCUGGUGCUCCUGUGCAGGAGGAAGACGAAAAUCUUCCUCCACUCAGCACCGGCGCUGGAUCAACCAUCAGGAUACCACCGGAGCUGAUGCCACCGAACGAAGAUGUCAUGCAGUAUUUCAAGAUCUUCUUUCAAGAUAUUCACCCAUACGUACCCGUAAUCCACCGUUCACAUCUGUAUAACCAGUGGCGCAAUGACCGUUCCUCGAUCUCUCCCUUAUUAUUGGAGGCAUUAUUUGCGUGCGCCGGCAGAAUGUCCGAAGAUCCUGCUCAGGGUGCUCAGUGGCUUGCGCUAGCUACUCGUCACGAGUCGAGUUUCAUGGACGUUCCGCGUCUUAGCACGAUACAAGCGCUACUCUUGUUGUUGAAAGCACGAGAGUCAAACCCCAAAAAGGGAUAUUAUUACCGUUCCUGGCAAACAAUCAAGACGGCGAUUUCUAUGUCCAAAGAUCUGGAGCUCCACGAACACUAUGCCACCCAUAAAGAAGGAAUAUCAUGCGGCCUUGACCCUGUAGAGUGUCUGAUUCAGACAAGAGUUUGGCAGACAUUGUUAGUUGUUGAAGUGAUGGUUGGAGGACCUCAAGGACGCUCGGAUUAUGAAGUAGACCCUGAUACGGUUGACAUGCGACCCCAGCUCGACACCGUGGAUGUUGAUCAGUUUGAAACUGAUCGUUCCCGGCAAUUUUCUUAUUUUGUAAAGAACGCAUACCACAUUCGAAUUUACACGGAACUAUAUCACAAAAUCAAGAAACAAAAAGACUGGGCCACCCAGCCUCGAUUCACUCAGAACAAUCCGGUUUUCAGCGACUGGUAUCGAGGCCUACCGCAGGAUCUUCAGGUUGCGUACCCUGAGGAUGGUUCUCCUCCAUGGCUCCCGUCGCAUUUUGUCGGUAACAUGCAUACACACUAUCAUUUGGCUAUCAUAAUGGUCCAUCGUCCACAAUUAUUGGCAUCCAAAUUCGGCGCAGCCGAUGGGGGCUGGAGGAAGCAUAUGCAAUUAUGCUACUCUUCUGCCAAAUGCUUGUGUCGACUGCAAGAAGCGAUCAUUUCUCGCUUCACCCUACAGGGUCUCCGUUUCAUGCAACGGGGCAUCAAUUUUACCGUUUAUGCCAUACUGACUUGCACGAUGCUGCAUCUAGUCGCAAUAACAUCUCCAGACCCCGAAUUCUAUACAGAUGCACGAGAUUAUUUUACUCGGCAUAUGCGUAUAUUGGAGAAAUGUUCCGAGACAUGGCCACUUCCUGAGAUCGAAGCUCAAAUCGAUGCCUUGAGGCAGGCCUUCUCUGCUGAUACCUCUCGACCGUUCGAACUUAGGGCAUCUUUCCCAUAUGGAAGUCCAUCCGAGCAAUACAACUCCAGUCCGCCUCCUGCCAUUGAUUCCCAAUACAACCAAUAUGGCCAGCCCAGUCCUCAUCGAAUGGGAUAUCAUUCGCAUUCUGCGACACCACCUACCGGUGCGGAUGAUUCCAAAUCCGAUACUUCUCAGACAACGGGCAUGAGCAUGCUUCAGAGCCACAUGGCUAAUCCACAGCUGGGUGUCCCGCUUGUGGACGAGAAUAGCUGGGACCCCACUCGAAUCUUCACUUCUUGGAAUAUGGCAUUCCCUGUUGAUACAGCAAGCGUUCCGUCAAACUCCCCUCAGAUGCCAUUCUCGGCCCAAGGCCAAGGAAUGACUGCAGAUAGUGUCCCGGUCCAAUACCCAAUGCAGUACACACCGCCCGGAGGCAAAGUGGUUCCCAUGGAUAUGCAAGCCAUGCCUCAGGCGACUUACGAACCUCCGCCUAUUCAGCCUAUCAUGACGGCCCGAGACUGGCAGCAGAGUGUUGCGAGUGUUUAUGAUCCGCAUGGAAUCAAACGCAGAUGGAAUCACUCUGUUGACAUGACAAAUUAUAAUGCCAAGCGAUCAAGAUAG